AUGGAUGCGGCGAUGGAGGACGCGGAGGCGGCCCAGUCAGUGAGGGAAUGGGGCGGCGGCGGCGGCGGGGCCGACGCGGUGCUGGGCCUCGCCGGCGCCGGCGGCGGGGCGUCGUUGUCGGUGUGCUACCACGAGGCGUUUGGUCCUCACGAUGACCUCAUCCUCCUCGAGGCCGCCGACGAGCUCGUCCCCGAUCUCCUACAAGGCCGGGUGACUGUGCGGGGACGCCCAGAUGAAGAAGCUGUUCUCUGCACACCCUCUGCAACAUAUGCCAUGAAAUUUGUGGGGAACUCCAAUUCUGUAUUUCUAAUUCCUCCCGGUGAACCGGCUGCUCCAAGCUCAAGACCCAAUGACGCCAACGGUGAUGUUAGUGCUUCCAGCUCCACUGAUGCUGUGGCUUCUGUCAUCAAAGUGGCAUCAGGGAGCAUGGAAUUGGUCCGAACUGCGCCACGGCUUGAUAAACUUCGGAAACUUCUCGAUGAGAGGCCCUAUGUGCUUGAUGAAGAUCUUUGCAGUGACAUGCAGCACAAGAAGGGGCUCUACACAUGGCAAGAUCUUUGUGAGCUUGUUCAAGCCAGUGACGGUGAGCUGUCAGAAGAAUUGAGCUCCCUCUCGGCUGUUGAGAUUGAUGGGUUCUGGAGGGUGGUCGAUGACAAUUCUGCCAACACUGUUCUGGACAUGAUCCUGAACAACUCUGUGUUGCAUGACUGGUCACUAAAUUCAGUGCCUGAAAAUGAUGUGCUAGAUGCCAUGGAAUCUGAUGGUUUUAUGCGUAAGAUUGUAACUCAUUGCCUCAAAAGAUUUGGAACAAAGGUUGAGCAGGAAGCUAAAAGUUGCUGGAGCCUUGAUGAGAGGAGGGUGUGCUUGCAGUUUGCUCGGAGAGCGCUUGGUGCGGGGAAGAUGAAGCUUGAGAACUUCAUGGACAAAUGGGUGAGAAGCAUUCCUUCAGGAAUGCAUGUUGAUCUUCAGAUGCUCCAAGGGGAAGUGUUGUGCGAAAAGAUUGGUGCGGAGACCUGGGUGCAUACUUUCAGUGUUUCUGAUCUGCCAUUGGCACCAGCUGAUAGGUUCGCUGCAUUAUUUCGAGAGCGGCCAAGGUGGGAAUGGAAAGACCUGCAGCCUUACAUCAGGGACUUGCGUGUACCUGGUGUCUCUUCUGAAGGGCUGCUUAUCAAGUAUACCAGAAGAACACAGCCAAGCGCAGAUGCAGAGCCUAUUUUUACUGCAAGAUGAUCAAUCUUUGCGUGCUAAAGCUAUUUUUCGAUGCUGCCCCUUCCUGGUGUUGAUGCUACUGAAUAUCUGAAACAUGGUUUGGUCUGGAUAUAUAUUGUUGACAGAUUGAUGUGGUUAAGUUUAAGGCAUGGUUGAUAUAUGAAUGAUGCACACCUGUUGUUUGUUCAGUUUGACACAA